ACUGAGGUCUGCUUCACAAUUCCCACCACACUGCCAGUCAGUGGAUAGUGCAAACUCUCGGCCAUCAACAUACACAGAAAAAAGGAAGAAACUUAGGUAAAUGUUACGCUGGGUAUAAAGUUUUAAGAGACCAGACCCAGCUGAUACUCCUGUACAUAGGUCUCAGGGAUGACAGAUUGGUCUUUCUUGGAGCGUGUGCUCGGGCAGGUCAAUGAGCACUCGACUGGUGUUGGGAAAGUCUGGUUGACAGUGCUCUUCAUAUUCCGGGUGAUGGUACUGUGCUCAGCUGCAGAGACAGCCUGGGAUGAUGAGCAGUCUGAAUUUCUCUGCAACACGUUACAACCUGGUUGCCAACUUGUGUGCUAUGAUCUUAGCUUCCCCAUCUCCCAUUACCGGUACUUUGUGCUGCAGAUCAUCUUUGUCUCCACUCCCACACUGAUCUAUCUUGGGCACCUUGCAAUACGGGCAAGCCGAAAGAAGAAAGAGCAGCAAGAGAAUGGUGUGGAAGGAAAUGAGGAGGCAGUGGGAUAUGGAGAGUCAAAAAGAGAUAUGCAGGAGCAUGAAUUUCAGAAUGUUCCCAAACUGAAAGGAGCUUUAAUGAUCACCUACACUAUAAGUAUUGUCUGCAAAGUAAUCUUGGAAGCUGGCUUCAUGCUGGGGAUGUGGUUCCUGUAUGGUUUCUUUAUUCAGCCUCGCUAUGAGUGCCAAGGAUUUCCGUGCCCUUACAAAGUGGACUGCUUUGUUUCUCGACCAACUGAGAAAACCAUUUUCACCAUCUACAUGCAAGUACUUGCACUGAUCUCCCUUGUACUUAAUGUCAUAGAGCUCUUUCAUUUACUUGGCAAGACAAUGGUAAGGAGAGCAAUUAAAUACUAUGAAAAGCAGAAUGCCUUUCAGGUUUACAAGAGACCAGUGGUUUAUGAGCCCACUUUGAAUUAUAUGGAGAAUGCCCAACUCUGCUUACCUAUGGCUAGUGCCAGUAAUCAUAGCCAUUUUAGUGAUCCAAAUAUUAAUUUCAAACCACAAGAAAGUGGUAUGGAUUCAGAAAGAAACGACAGACAACAGAGGAAUAUUGAGUCCAAAUCUGACCAGCUCCCAGGAUAUCCAGGGUAUCAAGAGGAGCACAAUGAAAAAGAAAUGUCAUCGGGGAGACUAACAGAUAGCUCUGAAGGACAGAGAAGGCACUAUGUGUGAAAGUCCAGUGACAGUGACAAAUUAAAAUGAGUCUAAAAUAAGGAAACAAAAAGAGUAUUUCCUUCAGAAGUAAGGAAAUCAUCAGGCCAGCGCUUGAAAUAAGACAAGGCACGUGGAUUACAAGUGACAUCUACAUGGUGAUCACAGUCUGUAAGCCCUCCGCUGCCACAGAGGCACAGAGACCAGUCAAGGCAACUGGGAAACUCUUCAAUACAGUAAAGCACCAAGAGCCAUGGCAGUGGACAUCACAAUCUGCUUUCAUGUUGGAGCAAAAUGUAAAACAUUUCUAAAAGACUGUGAAAUACUACUGUGAUAUUUAUUGUUAAAACAAAUCUAAACUAUUCUACAAGGUAGGGCCAACAUAUGGAACAAAUAAAACCAGUGAAAGGAGGAUCUGGUAAUUUUAAAAUAUGAUAUGGAACUGUAUCAGGAACCUGGAAAUGUUUACCACAACCUAAGUAUUGUUUAUUAAACUGAUUUUUUAAACAUGGCACUGUAUAUCAAUGCAGUUGAGUGGACAAUGUUGGUACUAAUGAAAAUCCAAAUAUGCUGCGCUAAGGUUUUAUUCUGUAGCUGCCUUAUUGUUUUUUAUUGAUUUGAUCAGUUUAACAUUAAGGUUUUACAGAUCAUCAAUAAACAAAGCACAGUUAAUUAAAUGGUAAAAGGGUGGAGUCAUUUAGGGUGAAUUACAAAUAUGUCAAUAAAUUGGUUGUAAAUUUUC